GCGCUUAGUGAGCUGUCGGUGUAUCGCCUCAGCUCUCCACUCACCUCAGCUCUCCAGAAAGAGAUACAUAUAUAAGAAAGUCUUCUUUCUUAUAUAUAUAAUAAUCAUUUUUCCAUAUAAAAAUACAUACAAAUAUAUAUAUUUAUAUUUAUUUAUAUAUAUGUAUUUAUAUGUUCUUCCUGAAUGGAGUUCUUCGCAGGGAAAAACGGUUCUCCAUCCUUUAUCACUCAGAAAAUGAAUUCUUUGUGAAUAUUUUCUAACACGCGGACUUUUUUUUUUUGCUUUAGUAAACUAUAUUAGAAUUUACUAAACUUUUUUUUUGACGGCAGCUUUUUUUAAGCAAGAUUUGAGAAAAAAAAUAAUAAAUUCGGAUGAUUUAUUUUCUUCAGUCAAUGGAAGAAAGGACACUUCGACGUGUUUAAAAAAAACGAACAAUGUGUGUAAAGUCGCCUCCUCUGUCUGUGUUAAGGAGUUGACCAUGUUAACCUGCUUCUCUGGACACAGUAACUCCAGUGCUGAGCAUGCGGGCAUCUCCGGCGCCACCGUGCUCCUGGCUGCCUUAAUGAUGAUCCUGGUGGUCGUGGUGGUCGUGGGAAACGCGCUGGUCAUCUUUGCCUUCGUCGUGGACAAGAGCCUCCGAAAUCAGAGCAACUACUUCUUCCUUAAUUUGGCUAUAUCAGAUUUUCUGGUCGGGGCGUUCUGUAUCCCCGUGUACAUGCCCUACAUCUUGACAGGCCGAUGGAUGCUGGGCCGUGGCCUCUGCAAGCUGUGGCUCGUGAUGGACUAUCUUCUCUGUACUGCCUCCGUCUUCAACAUAGUCUUAAUCAGCUACGACCGCUUCCUGUCUGUCACCAGAGCUGUGAGGUACAGAGCACAGCAGGGAAUGACUCGGCUCGCUGUGGGAAAGAUGCUGGCAGUGUGGCUGCUGGCUUUUCUCCUCUAUGGCCCGGCCAUUAUCUUCUGGGAGGAUGUAGCUGGCCAGAGCAUUGUUCCUGCUGAUGAGUGCUUUGCCGAGUUCUAUUGCACAUGGUACUUCCUGCUUAGUGCGUCUACCUUUGAGUUCUUCUCACCGUUUAUCUCAGUGACCUUCUUCAACCUCAGCAUCUACCUCAACAUCCAGCGACGGAACAAGAGCCGUGCACUUCACCGCGGUGCAGAGAAGGAGGAUGGCUGGAGGGUGGUGGAUGGUGGUGCAUCUCCCUCGUCUGCCGUCUUCUUUGUCAGGACACGCAAAGUCUCCUCUAGUGAACCGGCACCCGUUUCCGCGGUGAUCGAGGAAGACUUGGAGAUUUCUCCGUCCUCCAGUGGAGACCCCAGCUGCAGCCAUUCAGUGUCUCUCUCUCUGAAGACAGUCAAUAAGAAGAAAGGAGCGUUGAGCUGCUGGUUAAAGACACGCAUGGUCCAGACACAGGCACCCUCAAGGAACGGGGAGCAUUCGCGUCUCUCGCGGGACAAGAAGAUCGCCAAAUCUUUGGCAAUAAUAGUGUGUGUUUUCGGCGUGUGCUGGGCUCCGUACACCUUACUCAUGAUCAUUCGAGCAGCCUGUAGCGGCACUUGUAUAGAACAUCACUGGUACGAAGUCACGUUCUGGCUACUCUGGCUCAAUUCAGCCAUCAACCCUUUCCUGUAUCCGCUGUGUCACAGCAGCUUUCGCAGGGCCUUCGCCAAGAUCCUUUGCCCUAAACGGCAAUCUGUCAGGCCACACGAGGAAACCCCAUCCUGCCAGUGACAACAGACUAGAUUUCACACAGUCUGCAAUCAUCAGUGGGGAUUAUGUGUGAAUGUUGAGGCAGCAGCCUGUAAGAUGCUCGUGUCUGAGAAAAUCAAUAAGACCAUAGGCAGCUUAAUUGUGUGGAGAGAAAACAUCUUGUUAUUUUCCAUAAAGAAAACUUUUUCGUUUUUGAUUGCCUGUUUUCAUUUUUCAGAAAUGCACAUUUACGAUGAAAGACAAUUCUGUUAACUGCUCAAACUUUUUUGAUUCUCGGAAAGGAAUAGUGUUAAAAGUAAUGCAUGAGCAUGUACAGUCCAUUCCAUCAUCCUCUCGAUUAUCCUCCAUAACGAUGAUGUGCAUUCAACUAGACAGAGCUUAGAGUGUAAUAAUGCAAAGGAAGGCAGAGGAAAAGUAAUCCAUUUUCUGGAGACUUUCUCUGUGUCCCUUUGCAGCACUCUGAACGUAGUCUGGUGUUGUUUUCGAAUGUGAGACAAACUGGUGUUAGUUUUGUCAUUUCUAAGGAAUGUGACUCGUGUUUUUCACAGGUUUGAUUUACAAUUUGGAAGGACAGCUGAACUUGAGCAAAUGUUCUGUUGUUUUAGUCCGCCAUUUUAACAAAUAAUGACAAAUGGAUUCUCAAUUCUAGCGUGUGUGGUUAUGUCUGGAGCCACACAUGGUGUGUGAUUGUAUUGUUGACACUUAAAUAAUCAAUUGUGACUUAGUAUAAAAAAAAAAAAAAAAGUGAAAUUUUUUUAGAAACAAUCAUUUAAAGGGUGUUUUUUAAAAAUGAUCCUUGUACAUAGUUAAAUUUCCUCUGCUUCUCAAAUGAUUUGUUGUUUCCAUAUAAAUAAACUUGACAUUUGUGAACGCUUUAAAAUGCCAUGCCGUGACGAACGCACUACAGGUGUGUCAGUUAUAAUCAAGUAGCCCCAAUGUCUAGUUCUUCUUAAUGUUUCCUGAAACAAUGACAAGACCUUAAUCCGACUGCAGAAUCACACAAAUAUCUCAGAAUGUCUCGGAAAUGUCAUGCAAUUCACCCUUCUGUGUUACAGAGCAAUCUAAUUUACUUGUCCAGCACGGUUCAAACUGCCUAUUAUGACUAUCAGUAUACAUCCACAGAGUGAUACACUAAACUGUACCGUUUUACUCCACACUUUAGUUAGUAGAAGCUAUUUUCCAGAUCAGUUCCAGCACUCUGCUCAAUUUCAACUCAACAUUAAUCAGAGGCAUCCUCUGCAAACCUCAGGUCUGUUUAACAGCCAUUUCUACAUCCGUGCUACGUGUUAAAGAAAGCAGCACAUUAAGCUGAGUGAAGUAGAAAGGCAGAUAGCAAAAGAUGUUUAUAUGAAACAUUUUCAUGGAUUAAAAAUUGCA